AUGGAUCUGAAAGAAGAGAAGAAACUAGAUGCUGAGGAGAAGAACUCAUCAACCCAGAUUAAAACUUGCAGUUCAUGCCACACUACAAAAACUCCACUUUGGAGAGGUGGCCCAUCUGGCCCUAAGUCAUUGUGCAAUGCUUGUGGAAUAAAGUACAACAAGAAGAGGAGGCAGCUUCUAGGAUUGGAAACUGCACGAACCGGAAAGAAAAAGAAAAGGAACAGCAUCGAUAAAAGCAAUGAAAUUAAAGAGAUUUUGAAAAUGCGAUUUAUGGCAUUGGGAAGUGAAGUGAUGUUGCAGAGAUCAGGGAAACUGAUGAGCAAAUUGAGAGAAGAAGAGCAAGCGGCUAUACUGUUGAUGAGUUUAUCCUGUGGAUCGGUCUCCGCUUAG